AUGGGAAAGAACAGAGACGNNUUUGGUGCCAUCGUCGCCGUCUCUACCCUCACAUCGAAACGCCGCAAUAGCCUGCUGCUGGCAGCAAACAUCACCGAAAUCGACAUCACCAUCCCCAACCAACCAAUCUGGACAGACGCAGACCUGAAAAACUUCAAGGCAAAGAACGUUUCCACAAUCACACGCGGCUCGGCACUGGCAUGGAUGGGCCACUUGAAUGUGCUGCGCUGGUUCUUGGACUCUGGGUUGGAAACAAUGUUAGUCAUGGAAGACGAUGUGGACUGGGACAUACACCUACGCACAUCACAAGUGCCCAAAGUAGCAGCCGCCAUGCGCACUCUGCUCACCGAGCAAUCAAACCAUCUCCCCGCAACGACAAGCUCAAGGCAAAAGCCAGUCACGCCCGAACAAGCAGGAGGCUACUGGGGCAACCACCUCGACUGGGACAUCCUGUAUCUCGGGCACUGCGGCGACAUGUUCACACGCUCCGAAUGGACAAACGAAACAGCCGUGCCCCGCGUCGCCGUCAGCGACCCAACCCUGCCAUCGCCCGAAUACAUGCACAUCCUGACCCGCCGCUUCCUCGCCGAGAUAGGCGUCCCCAUCAAGACCCGCGUAAUCCACAAAUCCGUGUCGCCAUUGUGUACAUUCGGAUUUGCGCUUUCGCGCGCAGGUGCCCAACGCCUACUCUACGAUGUCGCUGCAUCAGAGCCAGAAGGCGGCAGCGAAGCCUACGACGUACGCAUCCUCGAAGCCUGCCGCGACCUAUCUUUCCGCUGCUGGUCUGCAAACCCAGAACUGUUUCACCACCAAGACGCACCUUCGGAAAUCGCCAUCGUAAACGCCAAANAGGGCAAAGAUCACAGUGCCAAAGAGCACGACCUCAAAGCUUCUCCGCCGGGCAUUGGUGUGGACAGUGAAGGCAGACUGCAAGGUGCUGCGCCGAACAUCGCGUGCGGGAUCCGAGGAAGCAGUUUUUGGACGCAAGAUGCAGAUACAAUCGAAUACUUGAAAGAGGUUGUAGGGAGGCAAGGACAUUGUUUGAGAGACCACCAUGCCGAAGACAUGAGUAUUUGGCCUCAUCUCUGA